CAAUUUGAGAAAAUGGCAGAGGUCAGGGCAGGUAAUACGGACAUUUUGGAGUGUUCUAUUUGUUUGGGUCUUCUGAAUGAUCCGGUGACUCUUACCUGUGGGCACAGCUACUGUUUGCGCUGCAUUGAGAACUGCUGGGAUAAGGGCGACAAGGCCGUUUACAGCUGCCCCGAGUGUAGACAGGCUUUCGCUCAACGACCCGUUUUAAACAAGAAUAUAAAACUUGCUGAGCUCGCGGAUCAAAUGAGGAAGAUUGGAAUAGAAACAACAUCUCCUGAAUGUGCUGCUGGACCUGGAGAUGUGGCAUGUGACAUCUGUAAAGGGAGAAAACUCAAAGCUGUCAAGUCCUGUCUGGAAUGUUUCGUGUCGUACUGUGACAGUCAUCUGAAAGCUCACGAUGAACUUCUGGGUAGAAAACACACAUUGGUCGAUGCCACAGGCCAGCUACAGGAGAGGAUCUGCCAUAGUCAUAAAAAGGUUCUUGAAAUAUUCUGUCGCACUGACCAGAGUUGUAUCUGCUAUUUGUGUAUGGUGGAGGAUCAUAAAAAUCAUGACACGACCACAGCUAAAGCAGAGUGGAGUAAUAAAAAGGAGGGGUUGGGACAGAGCCAGAGGAGAUGCCAGCAGAUAAUCCAGUUGAAGGAGAAGGAGCUGCAGGAGCUGAGGAAGGCUGUGGAGACUCUCAAGUCUGGUGCACAGACAGCAGUGAAGGAGAGUGAGAGGAUGUUUACUGAGAUGAUCCACUCCAUUGAGAGAAGGUGCUCUGAGGUGACAGAGCUGAUCAGAGCUCAGGAGAAGGCUGAGGUGAGUCGUGCUGAAGGACUCCUGAAGCGACUGGAGCAGGAGAUUGCUGAGCUGAAGAGGACAGAUGCUGAGAUGGAGCAGCUUUCACAGACACAGGAUCCCAUCCAUUUCAACAUCAAUUCCAUCCCUGAGAGUCCUUACAGCACUGUUUCAUUCAGCGUGACUGUGGGGGUGCGCACGUCUUCUGGCGACACCCCACUUAAUAACGCCACUACCCAGAGGAGCAACUGUACACCCAAGAAAAUAAUCACCAGUAGCCUAACCAAGAGUCUAUGUUCAAAGGGGGCAGUGUUCGUAACCCUCCGCGAGGCCACGUCCGGCCAGCAGGGUCGUCUGAAGAAGGCUGGAGGCUACCAGCCUCAAAGUCGCGUCCGCAAGCCGCGAUGGUUCUGCAGAGGAUGGGAUGGAAUACUCGAAAAUCCCACCACUGAUCAUGGAGAUGAGCUUCAGAUGUUGAGGGACAUGGUGGCCACUCAGAAGGCUGAGAUAACCAAGCUGACUGUACAACUAGAGGCAAAGGAUGUCCAGCUCCAACAACUUAGAUACAAACUCCAUUUACACACUACUUUGGUGUUAAAACUGUAUUCCUGUCAUCUCACUCUGGAUCCAAACACAGCAAACACAUUCCUCCAUCUGUCUGAGGGGAACAGGAGGGUGGAGUGUAGACCUGGGGCCCAGUCAUAUCCUGAUCAUCCAGACAGAUUUGAUUAUUAUAGGCAGGUGCUGUGUAGAGAGGGUGUGUCUUCACGCUGCUACUGGGAGAUUGAGUGGAGUGGUAGAGUUGAUAUAGCAGUGUCAUAUAAAAACAUCAGCAGGAAAGGAUGGGGUUAUGAGUGUAGGUUUGGAGGUAAUGAUCAGUCCUGGAGGCUGCACCUCCGCAGCUCCAGCUCCUCUUUCUGGCACAAUGAUAAACAGACUAAACUCCCUCUAGUGGCCAGUUCCAGAAUAGGAGUGUAUGUGGAUCACAGGGCAGGAACUCUGGCCUUCUACAGCAUCAGGGGAGACACAAUGACCCUCCUGCACAGAGUCAACACCACAUUCACACACACACUCUACCCUGGAUUUUGGUUUUAUGACUCAUUUUUUUCAUCAUCAUCAGUGAAGUUGUUGUGA